GAACUUCACACCACUCUAUUUCGCACCUGGCAUGCUCAGCAGGGAUUACUCUCAUGCAUCAAGACAGGUCUGGCGCUUGGUAGAAGGGAUAAAGCUAUCUUGUAAAGAUGAUCACAAAUUAAUCGGCCAAGUGGGCUGAAGUUCCUUCUGAGAUUAAUGUUCUCAAAAGCAUUGCUUCAGCAAACCAACUUUUACACACUUGACUUUUCACAUGGCAUUCACUGUACCAGUCAUCAUUGAUGACUGGUACAGGACAUCAGUGGUUAGCCUCAUCACUCCUUUUUCUGGAUCAUUGUUUGACUGUUGCCCUGCAACCCCUGUGGCUCGCGAUGGCUCCCAACACACAUGUUUGUGCCUCCAGGAGCCAGAGCGAUGGACCCGAUCAGCGAGGCGCGUGGCCAGCUGCAGGGGGCGCUGCAGGCGGCCGGCUCCCGAAAACGUGGCUCGGAGUGGGACAGCUCGGAGGAGGACAACCUGAUCGAUAUCCAGGACAUAUCGUCGCCGAGCCGCGGCUCCAAGCGGCGUCGCCGUAAGCCGGCGGCGCCCGGCAGCCUGCCCGACACCUACGUGAUGAAACUGUUCGACCGCAGCGUGAACCUGGCGCAGUUCCCGGCCGGCUCCUCGCUCUACCCCGUCUGCCGCGCCUGGAUGGCCAACGACCCGAACGGCACGGCCGCCGCGCCGCCGCCAAAGGCCGAGCCCAAGGAGGAGCCGUCCGACGGCGACCUGGUGUACCAGCUGCCGCCGCCGCUGUUCCCGCCACUGGAUGAGGACGGCCAGCCGGCCAACCUGCGCGUGCCGGCCGGACUGCGGCCGCCCGACCCCGUCCAGCUACCCGAGCUGCAGCCCAGCAAGGCGGAUGACGCGCCGCCGAAGAGCCAAAUUCUCGCCGGGCACCUGGCGCGGUGGCGCUCUGUGCGCGAUCAGUGGCGCACCGCCGCUGCCAACAACGAGCGCCGCUACACGGACAGCUUCGCCGUGCUGAGCUCGAUUUGCAUACCGGACAGCUAGAACGCGUCGCCGCACCGCGCCGCGACCGGACGCGUGCCGCCUCCCGCCGACCCACGGACACGGUCGUGGUUUGAGGAGCUGGUGAGCCCGCUCAGCCCCUGGUGAGAGGACGGCGACCGCAGGGUGAGUAGAGAAGGGAGUGCCGAAGGAGACCGACAGUGGCCGGCGGUGACCUGAGUUUGACUGGAGACCUGAGGGUGAUGUCUUAUAGCCGGUGAUCGGUAGGUCUUUUCGGUCAGCAAACUCAGACUCUGCGAUAUUGGGCUCGCAGACCAAGUGUCCAAAGACGGGUGUAGUCCGCUAGGUGGGGCGAUGCGUCUCCAGCUGUCGGGUUAUUUGAGCGGUUGUGAAGCUCCCGUUAAGACGAUAUUCGCCCAACAUACUGAGGGGUCAGAAUUGGUUAGGAGCGAUCAAGUGGCGUACCUAUUCGAGGUCUUUUAGAUGGAGGUUCGUUUGAUGCUAGACCAGACUGACGUGUGUGGCUGCUAGAAAUAGCUGCGGGCUAACACGGUUCUGUGAGGAGUCAUAUGCGCUGUCGACGUCCCAUCAUCACUGUUGUAUAUCCAUUUUA